AGACUUCUUUCGCUCAGUCCUAUCGCUAGGCUUCGUUCGGUUCAGUUCGAAUAAUGUGGCAAAUUUUGCGCGAUUCCCAGAAUGUGCCCGCGCUCAAUUGGUGAACAUUCAGCUGGCGCUUGAUUUACUGCUUCGGACCCAGUCGUGGCCCCUUCUUGGGUUACCUCCAUUCAUGCGAUAGGGUCAUAAACAAUGAGUGGAGGCAGUAUUGUGACGCGAACAAGGGCGGCAUGAUUUCACGUUUGUUUAUUUUAACAGCUGGCGCUCGGUUGGGACCGUUCCCAUCGAUAGCAUGAGCAGUCGACAUACGCCCGACGAGAUAACGUGCGACGGAUUGUGGAAUUGCGCCUAAAACGUGACCAGGUGGUGUGGGACUUCCAAAUCUAAUCGAAGAAAAAAAGCCAGUCAAACAAUAACAAAGGGAAACUGGUGCAGCUUAUUGAGUGACUUUGUUACCAUAACCUCUAUUUGGAAUUCACCGAGCGGGGAAAAACCAACAGGGAAAGUGAGCCAAGAAAAAUAAAUUGACGCGUUCGUUAUCAGGAAAAUUGAUUUCAGUGUGCGAUUAUGGUAAUUUCCAUAAGUUAGUGGUGGAAAUUGAGGAAAGGAAUUAAUUAUAAUCGAAUCAAAAUAAUGAAUUUGUUUCUACCCUUCUAAGUGGGGGGGUUCGUCAAAAGGAAAAGAAAUCAAACGGCUUCAUAUCAGCCGUCGUCGCACAAAGUAGAUGACGAAUUUGCUAAGUGGAUGAAUGAAUAUCAAUCGCUCGUCAUCACCCUCUUCGGGAGGUCAUUAGCUACGGAAUAAGGGGUGCCAUAGUCGUAGAGCUUAGCGCCAUCUAGAUAUAACACUGCCUUUCUAGAGCUUGGAUUGCUGGAGCCGUUCCCGUCGUGCAUGCAUAAGAAGUGUGUUUGUGUAUCAUGUUUGGAGUGCGGGGAUUCGGUCUACUUGUUGUGGCAACCGCCAACCCGAAGAAGAUCCAACGAAGAGGGUAAUAAUGUAAUAAAUUCUUGUGGAAAGUACAAUUUCGUGACAAUCGGCAAUAAAAACAUUUCAAACAAAGAAAACCAAAAGUGUAAAAACCGGUAGAACACAAGCGAAAGCAGAAAAUAAAACGGAAAGGAAAUAUCUACGCCCCGCAUUGCUCCCUUCUUGAAUGGGAGCCGGAAGUACCUCCCCUGCUCUUUUCCUACAGACCAGACGGUGUCGGCCUCAGCCGCACGCCAGUUACCGUCUCGUGGAGUGUGAGAGAGAAAUAUUUAUUAUGCAAGGAUAAAGUGAAGUGAGAAAAUCCAAAGUGUUUUAUUUUUCCUGCACUCGUUCACACUCUCGGUCUGAAUCCUGGCACUGGGUCUGUUUUACUUCGUCUUGGAUUGGUGCACUGAAAUCGUGAAACAUUUGUUCGCUGCAUACACACACAAUAUGGAUAGUACCGGCGCUUAUCCUUCGCUGUGGCGCAACCAUCAUCGGGUGCAAUACCAUCGCCAUCAUCGCCAUCAUUAGGGGAUCCGCCAACACUACUCACCAGGGUGUUCAAAUGUUAUGCUCUGUGCCGAAUUCUGGACACAUCAAUUUUGAAUGCAAGGCUCCCACCCCGCGGCACGAGAAAAGGGAAAAGAAACAACCCCCAACCCAGGAAAGCGAGGGGCCUGCUCGAACGUUGCUGGCAUGAAAGCAUUAACAUCGAGUGCAAUGCUGCUUGCAAGUGUUCUGCUGAUUUUAAAUGGAUUUCUCAUCACAAGCACGCACAGCGAGGAAGAAGAUCCUGUCGAGGAUAACAAUUCGUAUAUUCUAGAUAAGGAUCUACCAAAAUUCGGUGAGCCAAUCCAAAACCUAACGGUGGCCGUUGGCAGAGAGGCGGUGCUGAUUUGCGUGAUUGAUAACCUUCAAACGUAUAAGGUUGCCUGGCUCCGGGUGGACACCCAAACGAUUUUAACGAUACAAACGCACGUGAUCACCAAGAAUCACCGAAUGACGAUUACGCACGUAGAAGGUCGCAAAUGGGUGCUCCGAAUAAAGGACGUCAAAGAAUCCGACAAGGGAUGGUACAUGUGCCAGGUUAACACCGACCCGAUGCGGAAUCAAAUUGGCUUCCUGAAUGUUGUCGUGCCUCCGAACAUCCUGGACUAUCCCACCAGCACGGACAUGGUGGUACGAGAAGGCAGCAACGUGACGCUGAAAUGUGCAGCAUCAGGAUCCCCCCAGCCGGUUAUUAUGUGGCGCAGGGAGGGUAACGAGCCAAUUAGUUCGGAUGCUUCCAGUCAUAACACAUCAACGUUUUCCAUUCCACGGGUGAACCGGCUAGACAUGGGAGCAUAUUUGUGUAUCGCUUCCAACGGGAUUCCGCCAUCAGUCAGCAAACGUGUUAUGUUGAUAGUGCACUUUGCUCCCAUGAUCUGGAUACAGGACCAGCUAGUAGGGGCAGCUCUGGGUCAGCGUCUCACCCUGGAAUGCAACUCGGAAGCCUUCCCCAGAUCAAUCAACUAUUGGAUGAAGAACGACACAAUCAUAACUCAAGGCAAACGGUUCGAGCCAACGACGCACGAAGCUAGCAAUUACAAAGUAAUAAUGAAGCUCACGAUUAAGGAAGUCGACAUCGGUGACUUCGGCACAUACAAAUGUGUGGUCAAGAACUCCCUUGGCGAAACGGACGGAUCAAUCAAAGUAUAUCAUAUUCCGUCGACUACAACAACCCCCACAAGUCCUCCAACAACAACAGUGUGGCCAACAACAACUGACUUUCCUUAUCGUAAAAAUCAUAAAAAUAAAAUCUAUAGGCCGAUGGACGAGUACUCGUCUGCGAAUAAGAUUCUAUCGAGUGACAGUGGUGAUACAUGGAGCAUAGAUUUACCAAAAGACAAAGAACGCUACAGGGAAAACUCCGCUACUCUCGAAGAUCAGCGCGAGAAAGAAGCAUUCGUGGACAACGAUACAGCCUCGAAUGCACGCUCUACUUCGCCUCUCCAUUUUAAGGAGCUGACUCUACUCCUCGCGUUGCUUAUGAUGAUGUUCCACCUGAGGUGAUCGGCUUGGCAGUGUCAGUGGAACCACUGCGACAAAUGUAAGCUGAAUAAAUAAAUUAAUUUAAUUGAAUUGCUGAUAAUCCAAAGGACAUACUGAAAUGAUUUAUGCUCAGCAACAGGAAGACGACAGCAUAGAUCUAGACAAAACACAAAUAGAGAAGCAUAACUGAGAAUUUAAUGUUAUACAAUAAAGGUAAUUGAAUUUUGUAAUAAAACGA